GCAUGAAUGAAAAAAUUACUGCCAAAAAGUUUCAAAGUUUUAUUUCAUUAAACGCGCGUUUUAACUAAGUUUUUGGGGGUGUUGGGAGUUGAAUUCACGAGCCUUCGAUCAUGUCGGAUGGUGAAGAUUCGCUGGAAGAAAAAUUGCGCAAGUUUCGCAUGUGGAAGGAAGCAGAAGACGGCGGCUCCUCGUACAGUUUUCCAAAGAAAAACGACGUAAGCAUCUCGAACCGCAACGAACCAACAUCAUCGGCCAGCAUGAGCGGCCGCGGGCGUCCACCAGGACAUCUGCGAGGGCGCGCAAUCGGUAUGUUCUACCGGAAUCAAGCCCGUCGAAGGCAAGGCGAAUCUUCACAGGAAUCGUUUGAGGGCGGUGGCCGUGGACGCGGCAAACGGUAUGAUCGUCAGGCUCUGCAGAGCCAGAAACUACAAGAAAGGGCCAGCUACGAAGCGAAUUCGUCGGGUAGUGCAGGGCGCUUCCGCCGAUUUCAGGAUAAGCGUGAUGCAUCACUCGAGGAUGAUGAGGCCGAGGCACCACCACCGGGUUUGCGUGGCCGGGAGCUUGGUCUUUUCUACCGGGAUCGUCAAACGGCCAAGAAACGACGCAGCGAGAAGCGCAAUGCCGUCGAUAUUACGAUUCCAGCGUUCCAAAUCCAGCAAAUACGUACGCAGCUACAGUUGGACGACGGGCGUGACCAGGAAGGCAACUCGAUUUUCCGGGAUUUUGUCGAAAACGAAAACAUCCGUUCCGUGUUCCGGAAUGAGUAUCUGCGCGUGAUCACGAAAACGCUCGAAGAGGUACUGCGAGAAGAGAGUGGUAAGGUGGAACCACCGGAUUCCACCCCGACACGGCUCGAUGAGGAACUGUACGAAGAGUUUGAACGUAGCGACCGUUCGACGCAUCGGUUGUGUGAGUUUCGUCGGAAGCUCCCGGCGUACGCUUCACGAUCUGAGGUGCUGGAUAUGAUCGAGCGACAUCAGGUGAUACUGGUGAAGGGCGAAACGGGUAGCGGAAAGACGACGCAAGUUCCACAGUACAUUCUCGAGGAAGCCUCAUUACGGAUGGCAGGCAGUCGGUGCCGGGUACUCUGUACCCAACCCCGGCGUAUCUCCGCUAUCACGCUUGCACGCCGUGUAGCGGAGGAACGCAGCGAACGUUUAGGCCGAUCGGUAGGCUACCAGAUACGCCUCGAAGCCGAACGGCCACGGACGAAUGGUGGUAGCAUCAUGUUCUGCACGACCGGAAUCGUUCUGACGAUCAUGCAAUCCGAUCCCUUGCUGCGCGAAUACUCACAUCUCGUGCUGGAUGAGAUACACGAGCGGGACGUCAUCACGGAUUUACUGUUGGCCAUCAUAAGAAUGGUGCUGCCCUACCGGAAGGACCUAAGGGUCAUACUCAUGAGUGCCACGUUAACAGCAGAAACCUUCUCCGCGUACUUUAACAACUGCCCGAUGGUUGAAAUACGUGGCAUCACAUUUCCGGUGCGCGAAUACUAUCUGGAGGAUGUGUUGAAGGAACUGAAGUACUAUAGCUUCGAGGAUAAGGGGUCGGGUCGUGCACCACGAGACCGUAAGGGAGCGGCCCAAAAAGGGGGAGAUCAAUUCUAUGAUAUGAUCGAAGCGUAUGUCGAUGAAAUUCGAAAUCACUAUCCGGCGCCCGUUGUCCGCGCUUUAUGCAGUCCUGGAAGUGAGAGCCAUCAGAACGAUUUAAUCGUGGAGCUACUGUACUACAUCACCUACGCCAAACCGGACGGUGCCAUUCUGGUGUUUCUUCCGAGCGUGAUGCAAAUAUCGGAUAUCUUCAAGCUGAUCCACGAUCACCCCCAGCUAUCCAAGGCUCGGCUCGCCGUCUAUCCGCUGCAUUCCAAAAUACCAACAGCGGAACAGACGGCCGUAUUCGAUCGUCCACCAGCCGGUACACGUAAGAUCAUUCUGUCCACCAACAUUGCCGAAACGUCCAUCACCAUCGACGAUGUCGUCUACGUCGUCAAUGCCGGACGACAUAAGCUGAACAUGUACGAAAACGGUGUAUCGGCACUGCGGGAUGAGUGGAUCUCGCUCUCGAACGAAAUCCAACGCAAAGGUCGGGCCGGACGUGUGCAGGAAGGCAUCUGCUAUCAUCUGUACAGCCGCGGGAGAAGGCGUACCUUUUUGGAGAAUGUACCACCGGAGAUUCUGCGCGUAGCGCUUGAUGAGGUCAUUCUAAACAUUAAAAUCCUUCGGUUGGGAGAAGCACGUACCUUCAUGGAUCGCUUGCUAGACAAACCGUCCGAGGAGGUUAUCGAAGAGUCAUUACAAUUACUCAAUCGCUUGAAUGCGAUCGACGAUGAUCAAAAGCUAACACCACUCGGGUACCAUCUGGCCCGGCUACCGAUGGAUCCACGUACCGGCAAGAUGGUACUGCUGGCGAGUAUCUUCAGCUGUGUCGAUCCGAUCACCUCGAUCGCCGCUAGCCUGUCGUUCAAGAACGCAUUCUAUAAACCGCUCGGUAAGGAAAAGGAAGUGGAUCGUAUACGGCGCCGGUUUGCGGAUGGUAUUGCUAGCGAUCACAUCAUGCUGGCACGCGUGAUCGAUGAAUGGCGCGGACAGUCGAACCGUGCCGGCUUUUGCCAUCGAAACUUUCUCAACAAUGCUACGCUCCAACAGCUGAGCAAUAUGAAGCGCCAGUUUUGCGAGUAUUUGCACGGUGCCCGGUUCCUGCCGUCGAUCGGUUGCGAUGCACCGGAGAACAAUCGGCAUACGGGUAGCAACGAGCUGCUGGUGGCGAUCGUUGGAGCAGGCCUCUACCCGAAUGUGGCGUUCGUUCGAAAGGUCAUUCGAUCGCGCAACAGUCCGGAUGGGCGUGCUAUCCUGAGCAUCGAAGGGCAAGGCCGGGCCGAAAUCCAUCCAUCGUCGGUCAAUGGUAACCGGGGAAUCUUUCAUUCAAAUUUCGUGGUUUACUACGAUAUGCAGAAGCUGUCGGCGUUGACCAUCUUCGAUACGACGGUAGUGAAUCCGUUUCCCUUGCUGUUCUUUGGUGAUAACCACGUUGAAACGGAGGAUGACCACGAGCUUAUCUCAAUAGCCGGUCACUACUGCCUCAAAUGUGAUAAAGAGACGUACCGCUUGAUACAGGAUCUUCGCAAUGGAUUCAAUCUAUUUCUGCAGAAGAAAAUCUGUGAACCGUCACCGGUCGACUGGAACGCUCGGGAGGGCGAUCUGUUACGUGCUAUCAUAAAACUGAUAACCAUCGAUUGCAAGUACGACGACCACUUCGAUGAUGAUGAUCCAGCAUAUGGUAACGAGUAGGGAUACUAGAUGGAUUAUAGUGCAACUGGAAAAUUGAAGCAAAACCAAAGCAAAAGAAAGUCGAAGGGAAUGGGGCGCCUCAACAAUAUUUCAAUUUCAGCAGUUGAUGGCAGAUUUCGAUCGUUUUUUUUUGUU